AGAGGGAGCUGAAGGGAGAGAGAGAGCGAGGGGUGAGAGGGAAAGAGCGUGUAGGAGGAGGAGGCCGAGGGAGUGCCGUGAAGAGGGGGGGGGGAGGGAAACAAACAGCCGCAAUCACAGAGCGACCAUUAAAGUGAACCCCAGAGACUGACGGAGAAUCACCUCAGAGUCUGAAGAGGACAAAGUGGCGUCGCCCGAGUGAAGAGCGAAGAGAGGGGGACGAAUCCCCUCAGACACACUCAUUCACACACAGUUUGCCCCCUUCUUGCUUUUUUUUUCGCUGUUGAUUGAAUAGACAUCUAUAUAUCAUUUUAUUUUUGCGCCUCCCCCCGCCCCGGCAAGGGGAUUCCGUCUCUCGAUUGCACCUGAAGAGAGUUUGGUUAUUUUUCUGUGUUGUGUGUACGCGGGGGUUUGGAGGAAGACAGGCCCAAGAGGAGGAAUUAAAAGCUCGCCUGCCGUCACCUCCUUAGCAGCACCAACAUGUCCUCCCCUAGCCCCGGGAAAAGGCGAAUGGACACCGAUGUGGUCAAACUAAUUGAAAGCAAACAUGAAGUAACCAUACUGGGUGGGUUGAACGAAUUUGUAGUCAAGUUUUAUGGACCACAAGGAACUCCCUAUGAAGGUGGUGUAUGGAAAGUUAGAGUGGACCUACCAGACAAAUACCCAUUCAAAUCUCCUUCUAUAGGAUUCAUGAAUAAAAUCUUCCAUCCAAACAUUGAUGAAGCAUCGGGAACCGUAUGUCUAGAUGUAAUUAACCAGACAUGGACAGCUCUUUAUGAUCUCACCAAUAUAUUUGAGUCGUUCCUGCCCCAGCUGCUGGCCUAUCCAAAUCCAAUCGAUCCUUUAAAUGGUGAUGCUGCAGCCAUGUAUCUCCAUCGACCAGAAGAGUACAAACAGAAAAUAAAAGAAUACAUCCAGAAAUACGCAACAGAAGAGGCGCUAAAGGAACAAGAGGAGGGUGCAGGUGAAAGUUCAUCAGAGAGCUCCAUGUCUGACUUCUCCGAGGAUGAGGCCCAGGAUAUGGAAUUGUAGUAGUGUCACCACCCUCUUUCAAAGAGACAGACUAUAUAAUUUCCUAACCAUUGAAAAGCAGACUAUAAUAUUCAUAUUUAAAAACAAAAAAGCAAGUUUUUUUUAUUACUAAAACCAGGUUUUUAUGGAUAGCAUUGGUAUAUUAUCACCCUAGAUUUUUUUUCUCUCCUUGGUCAUUUCUCCAACUUGAGGUGCAUCUUACCGCACAUUCCAGUAGCUGUGUGAGGCCCAAAUGCAUGCUAUCUCAUAACUUUGGUAUACCUAACUCGUAAAAUGUUUUGACCCAAAAUGGAAGAGAGCAAGAAAAAGCGAGCAACGGAUUGGUGCAGAGCAGGAUAUCAACCAAGCAAGAAUGACAUUUUACAUUUCUUGAACAGAAAAACAGCGCUAGAGAGAACAGAGAAAGUUUCAUUAAAAUCGAAGCACAAUGGAAGGUUUAUUAGGCAGAAGAAAAACUAACACAUUAUUUGCUCUGCAUGUUUUUUUUGUUUCUAUUUUUUCCUCGUGAAUAAAAAUGGACGUACAGAUUACACAUCCUUUUUUAUUGUGGCAUGAUAUGGAAGAAUACAACUUGUUUAGGACUUUGGUUCGUAAAGCAGAUUUAAUUAUAAAAAAACCUAGUGUUUGUGGCUUUAACCUGAAGGAUAGUAUUAAGUAAUUACUAGGUAGUGGUGAACUUGAUUACUCUAAUUAGCACGUUGUAUUAUUAUUGGGGAAAUACUUGCCGGCACCCUAUCUUGCUAUAUAGAUUUUUUUUUAAAUGGCCUAUUGCUAUGUGCUGACUUAUACCUGUUUGACUUAUUUAGGGUUAGUUAGUAUGCUCGCUGGUGAUUUCAAAUAAAAAAUGUAUAUUUUCAUUGUUA